UUAUUUGACAUAUAACCUCAAAUCAGGCAUGUUUCUUACAAAAUUGGCAAAAUUUUCCUCUAAACCAACGAAUAAUUCCCCAAAAGCUCUAUUUAAGUAUUUAAUAAGACAAUGUGAUAAAUUGCCGAAAGGUGCUAAAGAACAUUAUCAGUUUAUGAUUAAGCAGAGUUUUAAACAACACGUCACUGAGUCUGAUCCUCAAAGAAUAAAGCAGAUUAUGGAAAGGUCUUAUGAGGAUGCUGAGUGGGUUUUAAAGAAGUACUUAAGUAAAUAAAAAUGCAACAAAUACCUUUAGCACAAAGUUCGACGUCACUGAGUGUGGAAAAAUUCUGGGAAACUUUACUAAUAUACCAUGAUAGACCACAUUUAGUGAAUCGCAAGCUCUUAGCAGUAUCACAAGCUUUGUUUUGUGAAGUUAUUAUUAAUACCAACGGUAUAAGCAAAGUUAAAGAUUUAUUUACUAGGGCUGCUGUGUUAUAUGAAGCUAGAAAACUUAGUGAGUUAAAUAAAGAUUCAAUAACAGUAGAUUUUAUAAGAAAUAUAGUUGAAUGUUAUGACAAACAUGUUGUGAUAAAUGAAAAAGAUAAAAGUGAUUUUAUUUCUGCUACGACAGGAGUAUUUAUUUCUGUGAGGGUUCUUUUGGGGAGAAAUAAUAAUGGUAAAUGCGUUGAAGUUGUUGUUUUGGAUAAAGAUAACUCUGUGGCAACAUUUUUAUGUGCCUUUGAGUUUGAUUCCACCCCAUUAGCUCCCCCGUUUCCCUAUGAAAUAGAUUUAAUUAAUUCGUUGAAUUUAAGAAUAACAGUUGAAUCGUUUGAGGAUGCAGACACAAAUCAUGCUCAAUGGUUGGGUGAUAAAUUAUUCAGUAAACUGAUUAAAUGGUCAGAAAGUGAAUUAAAUGAAAAUACGGUACAAUCUCUGAACCUAAUAUCACCUGAUGAUUACUGUUUGUUGUACUCAGACUUGAAACAUAAAUAUGGUGAUGAUUUAGUCAAAAAGUGGCCCUCCAAAGCCACUACAGACCCACAAAAAUUCGUUUUUGAAGAUAUUGCCAUUGCAGCAUAUUUAAUAUGUAUUUGGAGCAAAUAUACCAAUAAAAAUUAUGUUAAUUUUGUUGACUGUGGAUGUGGAAAUGGUUUAUUAGUAUUUAUUUUAAACUCUGAAGGUUUCAAAGGGUAUGGAAUUGACAUAAGGAGAAGACCAACUUGGGAUUUAUACCCUCAAACAGAUUUAAGGGAGGGUACAAUAUCCCCAGAUUCUUUAUUUACUGACUGUUCAUGGCUCAUAGGGAAUCAUUCGGACGAAUUGACACCCUGGAUUCCUGUAAUGUCCCUAAAAAGUUCCCCCAAAACCAACUUUUUCGUUUUGCCGUGUUGUUCCUAUGAUUUCAGUGGUAAAAAGUUUGUAAGAAAAAACACUUCAAUUAGCCAAUACUGCGAUUACAUGAAUUAUAUUGAGGGUGUAUGUAAGAAGUGUAAUUUUACGACAAAGGUUGAUAAAUUGAGGAUACCAUCAACUAAAAGGACUUGUUUUGUGGGUUUGCAGAAUAUUUACCAUGGAAAUGAGGAUUAUUUGAGGAUUGUUGGUGAUGUUGUUAGUUUUGUGGAUGAAAAACUUACAAAAAAUCAGUUUACAGCAAGAAUUGAGUCAAGUAAAGCUAGAAAUUGUACUCAAUUGGAUAAACAACUUUUAGACAGAAUUAUAAACAUCUGCAUAUCAAAUAUUUUAUCUGAAGAAAAUUUUAUCGUAAAAGACGAUGGUGAAAAGUGGAAUAAAGGCACAAAUACAGAUUUCCAAAAGUUAUCCACAAUAAUUCCAAUUGAAGACAAAAAACAACUUAAAAAUGAGUGUGGCGGCUUACAAACUCUACUAAGAAACCACAGAUAUUUAUUUGAAAUGAAGAAAAAUAAAAUUUAUUUGAGGGAACCACUAAAAUUGGAUUCCAACACGGAAAAAUAUAAAAAUAAACCUUGCUGGUUUCUGGAAAACCACCCUCAAGGUUGUUUGUAUAAUUCUAUAACCUGUGCAUAUAAUCAUGAUAAAUAAAUGUUUAAGAAUAUA